AUGUCGUUUCCAAUUGCAUUCCCCUCGUCAGAAAAACCUUGGGUUUAUGUCUCAGUUUCUGCUGAUGAUUCUUACUACCUCCUUGAAUACAAUUCCCCACCAGACAAUCGCUAUACUCAAGACUUUGUCAUCGCAUACCUUGAUGCGUUGGAUUAUAUUCGUACAAAGGGUACCCCGCGCAUUCUUGUCACUACCUCACGUAUCCCUAAAUUCUUUUCCAAUGGUCUCGACUUUGAAGCAGCCAUUUCCACAAAGGGCUUUUUCCCCAAUUAUUACUAUCGCCUGAUGCGCACCAUUUUGCUAUUCCCCUGGCCCACUGUUGCUCUUAUCAAUGGCCACGCUUUUGCUGCUGGGUUUAUGGUGGCUGCUUGUCACGACUACCGCGUCAUGAACCCAUCCAAAGGCUUUGUGUGCAUGAACGAAGUCGCUUUUGGUGCUGAUCUUAAACCCCCCAUGAUGUCCAUUUUCCGCGUAAAGUUUGGCACCCAGCUCACUGCAAAAAUUACUCUCCGUGCUCACAGAUUUCCUGGAGCUGAGGCUCUUGAAACUGGAAUUGUCGAUGCCCUGGGCGGGCUCCCAGAAGUCGAGACUCUCAUCAAGCACAAAGAGAUUUCAAGCUAUGUCAAGUCACCUUCCUAUGCUGCAAUCCGCAUUGAAUUGCUUAAGGAAGUUAUUGCUGAUACUUGGAGAUAUGAUGAAGACAUUGCUAAAGAAAAGAGGGAUUUGGAGUCACGCGAGGCCUAUUUUUCCAAGCGCGAAAAGGAAAUUGAUGCAAAACUUUCCAAGCUUUAA